ACCCACAAUUCUUUGCGCCGGGAAAACAAUCAGACUUGCACUUUGUGUCCGCUGCCACUGUUGUGAAGAAGUCUCCCUGUUUCUCUUUUACUUAUUGUUGCGUGUAAAACAUUUUACAAUUUCAGAGCGCCACCUACUUACGUGUCGGCGUCAUAAGAUAACACAGGAAGCGUCUGUCAGGUGAGGAAAGUCACAUGUGGACACCAGCUGUACAGGAAUAAACACGACCUCCUGUUGCUGGCAAAGAUGGCUCAUCUCACAGCGCUCUUCAAGUAUGUGGACGAACACCAGGACCUCUACGUGCAGCGUCUCGCAGACUGGGUGGCAGUCCAGAGUGUGUCUGCAUGGCCAGAGAAGCGCGGGGAGAUCAAGAAGAUGAUGCAGAUGGCAGCCAAGGACAUUGAGCGGCUGGGCGGAACAGUGGAGAUGGUGGACAUCGGCACACAGAAGCUUCCCGGUGGAGAGGAGAUCCCCCUGCCGCCUAUCGUCCUGGGUCGUUUGGGGUCCGACCCGGGUAAGAAGACGGUGUGUAUCUACGGCCAUCUCGACGUCCAGCCAGCCAGCAUUGACGACGGCUGGGAUACAGAGCCUUUCACUCUGGUGGAGAAAGACGGUAAAAUGUUCGGAAGAGGUUCUACUGAUGAUAAGGGUCCCGUGUUGGCCUGGUUUAACUGCAUUGAGGCGUACCAGAAGAUCGGCCAGGAGCUUCCCAUCAACAUUAAAUUCUGCUUCGAGGGGAUGGAGGAGUCUGGAUCUGAGGGCCUGGAUGACCUGGUGUUUUCACGAAAAGACACUUUCUUCAAAGACGUGGACUACGUCUGCAUCUCUGACAACUACUGGCUCGGCAAGACCAAACCCUGCAUCACCUACGGACUGAGAGGAAUCUGCUACUUCUUCGUUGAGGUGCACUGUGGUGACAAGGACCUGCACUCUGGGGUGUUUGGUGGCUCUGUUCAUGAAGCUAUGACCGACCUGAUCACACUCAUGGGCUCCCUCUUAGACAAAAAGGGGAAGAUCUUGGUUCCUGGGAUGAACGACGACGUGGCCCCUGUGACAGAGGAGGAGAAAAAGCUGUAUGAGAAAAUUGAUUUUGACUUGGGUGAAUACUGCAAAGAUGUUGGAGUCGGACAGCUGCUGCAUGACACAAAGGAGAAAAUCUUGAUGCACCGCUGGAGGUAUCCAUCUCUUUCUCUUCAUGGUAUUGAGGGAGCGUUCUCUGAAGCCGGAGCCAAGACGGUCAUCCCUCGCAAGGUCAUCGGCAAGUUCUCCAUCCGCCUCGUCCCCGACAUGGACCCCAAAGUUGUGGAGAAGCAGGUUCUCGAUCAUCUGCAGAAGAAGUUUGAUGAACUGGGAAGCCCAAACAAACUGAACGUGUACAUGGGACACGGAGCCAAAGCCUGGGUGUCUGACUUCAACCACCCGCACUACAUGGCCGGCCGAAAGGCCAUGAAGACAGUCUUUGGUGUGGAGCCCGACCUGACCCGUGAGGGAGGAAGCAUCCCUGUCACGCUGACCUUCCAGGAGGCCACAGGACGCAACGUCAUGCUGCUUCCUGUUGGAUCUUCUGAUGACGGAGCUCACUCCCAGAAUGAAAAGCUCAACAGAACCAACUACAUACAGGGGGUCAAGAUGCUCGGUGCAUACUUCCAUGAGGUUUCCCUGCUGGAAUGAGCCACGUCUCAUUAUAAAUGCAUGUAAAAUAUGUUCAUCCUCACUAUCAGAGCCAUAACCUUUGUGGUAUGUUUGACAUUCCACAGCCAGCAGUUUUAUACACACUCCCUCCUGAUAAUAAAAGUGUUUUUCUUUGUUAUUCUUUGUUGUUCUGUUUCAUUAAUGCCUUUCACUGCAUUUCUUUCUAUUUACAAUUAAAUGUAACAUCACUGUAUUUAAACAAUAAUGUUAGUUAAUUUUCUGUUUGUCUGCGUAUUGUAUCUAGUGAAGAGUGAUUAAGCAGGUAUUAAAUGUGUUCAAGGCUUCACUGAUGAUACGCUGACAAAAAUGUGAUUACAGUCUUUAUUGCUCUGUA